UUGGCAUUGUAUAUGAACAUGAAAAUUAGGGUUUGUUAGGUAUUGUUUUGGGAAAAAAAAUCCCAAAAUUUAUGAACCCUAAAAAGUGAUUGCUUGAGCUUUCAGGGGAAGUGGCUCAAAUUUGGUUCCGAAUUCCAAUAGACUUUGUGGAGGCACCGCCAUUUCCGGCUCGUCAGUCACCAACAUUUCUCACAACUCCUUCCUCCCAAAAAUUCUUUAUUUCUCAUGCCCAAAUUACUUGAUUCCUUAAUAAUAUUGUAUUGAUUGUCCUUAAACAACUCCAAUUAAUCCAUUUGAAGUCCUAAUUUUGAAAUCUCCCAUCUCCAAAGAAGUAAAAAUAUGAUGAAUGCCUCAAUCAAAUCUAUCCUGAUAAACCCUCAAGCAAAUUCCAAUUUUUUAUAUAUAAAGUCUGCUUUUUUCCAUUCCACCACAUUUCUGGAGCGUGCUCGUCGCAACUACUGGCAUAUUAGAAACAAUAAUAGCAAUAAAAGCAGAUGGUCAGAUCAUAGAAGGAACCCUUUCAAGCGAAAAUUAAUGCGGGAUACUAAUGCUUAUGUUGAGUACAUGUUUCAGAGCUGCAAAUCUGAUUGGGACCAAGAUAAUCAGCCAUUUGAUAGGGGUCCAGCAUGGUUCAAAAAUUCUUACAAUGGAUCUGGAAAGAAUCGUUCUAAUACUCGAGGACAUCAAAAGAGCGGAAGAAGAGGAUACACUUUUUGUGAAGAAGACGACGAUGAUGAUGUAGAGACCAUCUUCCGAUCAGCAUUUGGCGAUAGGUUUAUCUUUUGGUCAUUUGUAAAUCAAGACUACUCUCAUUGGAGGAGCUCAUCACAUUCUACUAACAAUAACUCUUGGAGACGGAGAAGGAGGCAGCAAUAUGAAUAUGAAGAUGAAGAUGAUGACGAUGAAAAUUUCACGUCAGCCGACAACACUAGGAAAUCCGCCGCUUUGGCUUCAGAGAGAACAGCACUCGGGUUGAGUGCUUCCGGUCCACUAAAACUUGAAGAUGUGAAAAAUGCAUACCGAACUUGUGCUUUGAAAUGGCACCCUGACCGUCAUCUGGGUUCCUCUAAGGCUGCCGCUGAGGAGAAGUUUAAGCUUUGCACAGCGGCAUAUCAAUCUUUAUGCGAUAGGCUGGCUUCAAAUUGAGUUUUUUUAUCUCGCUUGACGCCAAUUUUGACGCCUCCACUCCAGGUGACUGAACAACAUGGUAAAUCGAGUUACAAUUACCCUAUCAAUUGUUACUUGGUGAUCGGAAUCAGAUCAUUGCUGGGGCGACGCCUCUAUUAAUUCCCCGAUCUUUUUUGUAAGGAGGUCUCAAUUGGUUUGGGAGGAUACGCGGAAUCUUAUCGCAGACAUGGUUGAACCAUGGUCGAAGUUCCGACCAUUUUACUAUGAGCAAUUUAGCUUUCUUAGGGUCUUGCAUAUUUAUUCUGUUGUACUUCUAUUAGAACUAUUAGGAAAAAGAAAAGAAAAGAGAGAAACUUGUUUCUUUUUUGAUAAAGCUUUUUGUAACCUAAAUUAAUAUUAAUAUUAGAUAUGUAUCAGUUA